GAAGAGGUUAAAGCUUGUACUUUACUUUCAUAUAUUCUUCCAAACCGCUUUAACUUUUAUCUUCAAUAAAGCAAAAAACUUGAACUUGUUUGAACCAGUUCAUUCUCUCACUGUGUUUGAAAUGGUUGGAGUUGGAGGAACACAAAUCUUUGGUGGAAGCAAAUCAUGGCAGGAAGAUAUUUACUGGACCCAUUUCCAAUUCAUCCAUUUCACUCAAUUUCUCAGAACUGACUUUGAACAACAUCUUGCACUUCCGAAAACAUUUUCAAACAAUGUAAAGAAGAAGUUGCCUGAAAAUGCGACCCUUAAAGGUCCUAGUGGAGUGGUGUGGAAUAUAGGGCUGAAAACUAAAGAUGAUACUGUUUACUUCACUAAUGGUUGGCAACAAUUCUUGAAAGAUCACUCUUUGGAAGAGAAUGAUUUCCUUGUCUUUAAGUACAAUGGUGAAUCACACUUUGAAGUCUUAAUCUUUGAUGGAGAAAGCUUAUGUGAGAAGGCAUCUUCUUAUUUUGUUGGAAAAUGUGGACAUCCUCAAACUGAACAAGGGGAUAACAAGGCAAAGGAAACAAACAAUUCUCUUGGAGAAAUCAAUACUGCUUCUAAUGGUGGUGUUGAAUGUGGUUCACCUGAGAAAUUUCGGCGUGUUAACAGUAUACGAACACCAUUACCUGUACCUUUUGAAACUACCAAUGGAGAGACUUUUAAUGCUGGUGUUGAAUCUGCUUCCCCUGAGAAAUUGAUGGCUGAUGCACUCACUAAGACCACAACUAUACAGUUUCCCUUCCAACCAACUGGCAAAAGGACCAAGAAGCCUGUUAAUGAAGUUACGCCUACGCCUGUCCAGACUAAGAAGCGAGGGAGGAGACCAUUCAAAGCAGCUCAUUCUUGUGAUUUGGUGGCUUGUAACAAGGAACACUCAGAAACAUCUAACCUGAAUAGAAGUGGCAAGGAAGAUGACCAUUAUAUUCCUAGCGGCGGAGCUUCACUUUCAAGGUCAUCAAUAUGUCAUGAGAAAAAGAUAGCUCAGUCAUUUACCUCCACUUUUCCAUAUUUUGUUAAAAUAAUGAAAUCAUUCAAUGUCGGCGGUUCACGUAUUCUGAAUGUACCGUCAAAAUUUUCGAAAGUACAUCUUCCAAACACCAAGAUACAGAUUAUUCUUCAUAAUUUGAAGGGAGGACAGUGGAUUGUUAAUGCUGUUCCAACAACUAAAUUGCAUACAAGUCACACUAUGUGUGGAGGAUGGUUGGAUUUUGUUCGUGGCAACGACAUAAAGCUUGGAGAUGUCUGCAUUUUCGAACUGAUAGGUAAGUGUGAGUUACGUGUUCGUAUCGCUGAGGUCGGAAAAGAUGGGCUAGAAGACUCCCAGAUUGGAAAACAAGCUUCUAGUACGCUUGGUGCAAGACAUGAUGUCGUUCGCAAUAAGACUUCGAGUUCGAGAUAUAAGCCAAAGAGUUCUAAAUUCAGCUCAAAGUACAGAAAGAAAGUUGUUGCAUCAGAUAAAAAGUUGUCAAAGAUUGGUCAAGAAGCUGUUUUGUCCAUUGAGUUGAAAAAAUCUGAUGUUGGAAAGGAAGGUCUUGACAAUCAAAAUGGGCAUAUGAAUGAGCCUUAUUGGCAAAGGAAACAGACAAUUCUGUUGAAGAAAUCAAUACUGCUUCUAAUGGCGGUGUUGAAUGUGGUUCGCCUGAGAAAUAUCGGCGUUAGUAUACGAACACCAUUAGUUGUAUCUUUUGAAACUACCAAUGAGACGACUUUUAAUACUGGUGUUGAAUCUGCGUCGCCAAAGCAUUUCAUGGCUGAUGCAGUUGCUAAGACCACACCUACUGUUCAAGGCUUAAAGCUUCCACUGUUUUUUUUUUUACUAGAGCUUAAACCUCAACCAUUUCAAUCUCAGACUGUGUUCCAAAUGGGAGGAGGAAGCAAAUCUUGGCAGGAAGACAUUUACUGGACCCAUUUCCAGUUCAUCCAUUUCACACAAUUUCUCACCACAGAUUUUGAACAACAACUUGCACUUCCUAAAACAUUUUCAGCCAAUGUAAAGAAUAAAUUGCAAGAAAAUGUGACCCUUAAAGGUCCUAGUGGAGUUCUGUGGAAUGUAGGGCUGACAACUAGAGACGACACCUUGUACUUCGCGAACGGUUGGCAAGAAUUCAUGAAAGACCACUCUUUGAAAGAGAAUGAUUUCCUUGUCUUUAAGUACAAUGGUGAAUCACACUUUGAGGUUUUAAUCUUUGAUGGAGAAAGUUUAUGUGAGAAAGCAGCUUCUUAUUUUGUCGGAAAAUGUAGUAAUGUUAAAGCUGAACAAGGGGGUAGCAAGGCAAAGGGCACAAACACUGCUACUGAAGAAGUCAUUAAUACUGCUUCUAACGGUGGUGUUGAAUGUGGUUCACCUGUGAAAUUUCAGCGUCUUAAUAGUAUAGGAACACCAUUGGAUGUACCUUUUGUAACUACCAACGAGACUGGUGUUGAAUCUGCGUCCCCAGAGGAGUUCAUAGCUGAUUUCGUCACUAAGACCACACCUGUAGUGAUUCCCUCCCAAAAAACCGGCAAAAGGACCAAGAGGCCUGUUAAUGAAGUUAUUCCUGAGCAGACUAAGAAGCGAGGAACAACACCGAAAGCAGCUAAGAAGCGAGGAACAACACCGAAAGCAGCUAAUUCUAGUGAGAGAGUACUUGAGAAGGAACACUCAGAGGCAACCAUUCCGUGUAGAAGUGGGAAGGAAGAUGACCGUUAUACUGUCCGCGGAGUUAAACUGUCAACGUUAUCAACAGAACCUAACGAGAAAGAGAUAGCCCAAUCAUAUACCUCCUCUUUUCCAUAUUUUGUUAAAAUAAUGAAAUCGUUCAAUGUUGGUGGUUCAUGUUUGCUGAAUAUACCAUCUCAAUUUUCGAAAGCACAUUUUCCAAACAAAGUAAUAAAGAUUAUCCUACAUAAUUCGAAGGGAGAACAGUGGACUGUUAAUUGUGUUAAUAAAUCUAGUGUGCAUUAUACACAUCACAUUUUCUGUGGAGGAUGGAUAGAUUUUGUUCGUGGCAAUGGCAUAAAGGUUGGAGAUGUCUGCAUUUUCGAACUUAUACGUGAGUAUGAAUUACGUGUUCGUAUUGCUGAGGUUGGAAAAGAUGGACUAGACUUCAAGGAUGAAAAACUAGAUUCUUAGCGUGCCUAGUGCAAGAUAAGAUGUCGCUUGUCUUAAACAAAGGCGACGGGUAGGAUAAAAGUCAUCAAAGAUUGGUCAAGAAGCUGUUCCAUCCUGCUAACGUUCUUGUUUGUGAGACAGAUAAAUCAAUUUCCAAUUAGUUGUAUUGUAUCAUCAGUAAUCUAGAUCAUAGAAUGUUUUACAUUUCACCAUUCAAAUCCCAAUUAGUUGUAUCAUCAUUAAUCAAGAUCAUAAAAUGUAGUAAUUAUCUAUUAUGACACUGUUUUUUUAGUUCAUAUCAUUGUGAAUUUGUGAUUGCUAUAACAUUCAGUAGGCUUGUGAUGUUGAUCUCUAAUUUUUUAUGAUAAAAUGAAUUUUAUUUACUAAAGUACUAUUAUUAUUUAAUAA